AUACAGUUCAACAUGGGUGACUACGAAGUGCCAAAUGUCGAUCUCGACAAUGUCAUCGAUAGGCUCUUGGAAGUGCGCGGCUCGAGACCUGGCAAGCCAGUGCUGUUGGAAGAGUACGAGAUCAAGUAUUUGUGCCUGAAAGCCAGGGAUAUCUUCAUUACACAACCGAUACUUCUGGAGCUGGAAGCACCGAUCAAGAUCUGCGGCGAUAUUCACGGACAAUACUACGACCUUUUGCGACUAUUCGAGUACGGUGGCUUCCCUCCCGAAGCAAAUUAUUUGUUCCUGGGCGACUACGUAGACAGGGGAAAGCAGUCUUUGGAAACGAUCUGUCUUUUGCUGGCGUACAAGAUCAAGUACCCCGAAAACUUCUUCAUCCUUCGCGGUAAUCACGAGUGCGCGUCCAUCAAUCGCAUUUACGGCUUCUACGAUGAGUGCAAACGGCGCUUCAACAUCAAGUUGUGGAAGACGUUCACAGAUUGCUUCAACUGCUUGCCGAUCGCCGCCAUAAUCGACGAAAAGAUCUUCACAAUGCAUGGAGGGUUGUCGCCGGAUCUUCAAAGCAUGGAACAAAUCAGGAGGGUGAUGCGACCCACAGACGUGCCGGACACUGGCUUGCUCUGCGACUUGUUGUGGUCGGAUCCGGACAAGGACAUCUCAGGGUGGAGCGAGAACGAUCGCGGUGUCUCUUUUACAUUCGGGCCAGACGUAGUCUCGCGAUUCUUGCAGAAACACGAUAUGGAUCUCAUCUGCAGAGCGCAUCAGGUCGUCGAGGACGGGUAUGAAUUCUUCGCGAAGAGGCAGCUGGUCACGCUCUUCUCAGCACCCAAUUACUGUGGGGAGUUCGACAAUGCGGGAGCAAUGAUGAGCGUGGACGAGACAUUGCUCUGCUCUUUCCAAAUCUUGAAGCCUGCUGAAAAGAAGCAGAAGUACGCAUAUGGGGGCAUCAACAUGAACAAACCGGUCACGCCUCCCCGAAAGCAGAAGAAGGGAGGCUCUAAAUGAGCUGGCAUCGGUCCGACGAGCGUUGGGGUGUGAAGCGCCAUCGGAAGCACCUUGGCAUGGUGGGGUGAAUUGACGGCAGACGUAGGCGAGAAUGCGCACAGACUAGGUCCAAAUGUUCUCUGGGUGUGGCUGUAGGUUGCACUGGAGCAGCCCCUGCCCCGGAGCCUUUGGGCAGACAAGCUGUUUCAUCGGUGGAAUUGACACUGCGAGAUGG